AUGUUUGCCCCUUCUGAAGCCUCCCGUACUUUCCCUGUGCUCGUCUUGCUGUCGAUCGUCCUCUUUGGGUAUUUCCUUGCCUUCGUUGUUUGGCCAAAGCUUGCUUUAUCCAAGCCACGAGUACGCUUUCCACCCGGACCUCGCGGCGACCCCAUCAUCGGAAAUGCACGAGACUUGCCCUCAGAAUACCAAUACGUCAAGUACCAUGAGUGGUCAAAGCAAUAUCGAAGCGACUUAAUUCACCUCAAAAUUUUCGGACAGUCACUCGUCGUGCUAAACUCCUACAAUGUUGUUACGGACCUGCUGGAGAAACGGGCAACAUUGUAUUCUGAUCGGCCUCAAUUGACCAUGACCGCCGACUUAAUGGGAUUCGGCUGGGCAACCAUCCUCACUCCCUAUAAUUCAGAACUUAAAAUUAAUCGUCGCUUGCUGCAUCAUGCAUUUAACCCCUCCGCCACUCGGGCCUAUGCGCCGUUACAGGAGCGCUGUAUGUCGGAGUUUCUUCAGAAGGCGUUGGAGUCUCCUCUACGGCUUGACGAGCAUGUUAAACAACUCGCCGCGUCUAUCUCAUUGGAGAUGGCUUAUGGAAGGAAAAUUUCCCGAUCUUACGGGAGCGAACUCCUGAAGACCGUCAGCGAGGGCAUGCACUAUUGGAACAUAGGUGUUUCUGCCGGAUGGUUUGUUGAUUUUCUUCCAAUUUUGAAGCACGUCCCUGCCUGGCUACCAGGAGCUCACUUCCGCCGAGUAGCUCGUAGCGCCCGUCCAGUUUCCUCACGAAUGCUUGAAGAACCCUUCCGGGCUGUCAAAGCUAGCAUGCAUGAGCAGGAUGCUGGGAUAUCGGAUAUAUCAUUUACACACAAUCUUCUUGCCGGGGAAGGCCACAUCACUGGGGCGAAGAAUGAGGAAGACUUUAUCAAGAGGAAUGCGGCGACGCUAUUCGGUGCCGCCUCUGACACCACAGUCUCCUCCCUCAUGUCCUUCAUUCUUGGAAUGACGCUUCACCCAGAAUUCCAAUCUAAGGCGCAAUCUGAAAUUGACAGGGUGAUUGGCAAUAACCGACUUCCAACACUGGCGGAUCGCCCCAACCUUCCAUAUGUGAAUUGCAUUGUCAAGGAGGUCUUACGGUCGGUUUUUUCAAUCACAGCCAAUGAAUUUACGCCUCACAAGUAUCUUGUAAACAGCUGGAAUCCUUCCGGGCCUAUAGGAUCCCCAAGGCGUGUCAUGGAAGAUGAUGUCUACAACGGCAUGUUAAUACCUAAGGGUGCUACGAUCAUAGCGAACGUUUGGGCACUGAUGCAUGAUCAAUCUGUUUACGAUAAACCCUUCGAGUUUAAUCCCGACCGCUUCGAUUGCGAGCACCCUCCGAGAGAUCCCCAUCUUAUGGCAUUUGGAUUUGGCCGAAGGAUUUGCCCUGGCCUACCGUUGUCGUCUGCAACAAUAUUUCUUUUUGUUGCCCAAGUUUUGGCAACGUUCAAUAUUCGGAAAGCUGUGGACCAAUCCGGCGCCGAGAUUACACCAGCGGCCAAGUUCACCUCCGGUGUUAUUAGCCAUCCUGCCCCAUUCGAAUACAAAAUGUAUCCAAAGUCCCAACGUGCUGCUCAGUUGAUUCUGUCCCUGUCAGACUCGAUAGCAGACGACUAG